AUGGCACCAACCACAUCAUCAUCUAACAAAAACAUUCGGGUACUCGUCACUGGUGCGUCUGGUUUCGUUGGUGCACACUGUGUUCAACAAUUGCUCAAAGAGCGCUACACUGUCAGAGGUACGGUACGCGAUGUGAACAAUCUGAAGAAGGUGAACCCUUUGAAGGAACUCGAAAACGCUGCCGAACUGCUGGAACUGGUUGAGACGGAUUUGAAUGAUGACAAAGGAUGGAACAAUGCUGUCAAAGAUUGCACCUAUAUCCUUCAUGUGGCCAGUCCCUUUCCGACAGUUGGCGAUGAAUCGUUGAUAAAGACGGCCGUUGAGGGCACCUUACGAGUGCUGCGAGCAGCCGCUCAACAAGCCACCGUCAAAAAAGUCGUUCUAACAAGCUCAAUUGCAGCCAUCCACGAGGGUCACGACGACAUGAAUCGAGUGUUCACUGAGGAAGACUGGACAAAUCUGGACUCAGAGUCACUGAUGUACUAUCCAAAAAGUAAAACACUGGCCGAGCAGGCAGCUUGGGAUUUUGUGAACAAUGGCAAAGGUACGAUAAUACAGCGCUCCCGAGCAGUACUCUUAUUCUGUCACAGUGAUUAG